GCUUCUGGAGUAACAGUGAAUGAUGAAGUCAUAAAGGUUUUUAAUGACAUGAAAGUAAGGAAAUCUUCAACUCCAGAAGAGAUUAAAAAAAGAAAGAAAGCCGUUCUCUUCUGCUUAAGUGAUGACAAAAAACAAAUAAUUGUAGAGGAGUCAAAGCAGAUAUUGGUUGGUGACAUUGGAGAUACUGUGGAGGACCCCUAUACAGCCUUUGUGAAGUUGCUACCGUUGAAUGAUUGCCGAUACGCUUUGUAUGAUGCCACAUAUGAGACAAAGGAAUCUAAGAAAGAAGACCUGGUAUUUAUAUUCUGGGCUCCUGAAAGUGCACCUUUAAAAAGCAAGAUGAUCUACGCAAGCUCUAAAGAUGCCAUUAAAAAGAAAUUUACAGGUAUUAAACAUGAGUGGCAAGUAAAUGGUUUGGAUGAUAUUAAGGACCGUUCAACACUUGGAGAGAAAUUGGGAGGCAACGUGGUAGUUUCACUUGAAGGAAAACCCUUAUAAAGAGACAGACAAGUGCCAUCUGGAUCUAAGGAGCUUCCAUUUUUGCAGCUCGUUCGUUCAAUUGGAAUAGUAUUAGUCUCCCCGUCCCCUUCCCUCCUCAAAAAAUAAGUCCCUUCCCUAAUGCCCCUGAAGGAGAUGUCAUUGUUAAGCAGCCUACCAGUGAUUGCCAUUAGACUGUUUAAUCCUGGUAGUUUUAUGUAGGAUCCAAGGAAUGCUUUCACGUCAUACUCUUAGCCAAAACUGACGUUGCAGGCAUUCCUUGCAACAUGUACAAUGAAUGUGAUAGUUAAUGUGAAUAGUCUAGCAGACAGCAAAGGGUAAGCUAAUUGAAUGCCUUGAAAGUAUUGUCCACUGGUCGGGUGGUAGACUCUAUACAGUAUUACUUACAGUUGCACUUGAUUGCAGUUCCAUGAGGCUCUUGUGCAUUCAUACACCUCACCUGCCUUGACAAG